AACAAUAUCCAUUUAUUAGCUCACCAUUCCAUAGGUCAGAAGCCCAAGUAGGUCUUCUGUGGGUCUCAUAAAGGCUAAAAUCAAGGUGUGGUAUGGACUGAGCUGCUAUCUGGAGGCUCUGGGGAAAAAUUUACUUCCAAGCUCAUUCAGGUUGUGGACAGAAUCUAACUCCACGCACUUCUAGGGCUGAGGUCUGUUUUCUUUUCUUUUUUUGAGACGGAGUGUCAAAAAAAAAAGCCCAGGCCGGACUGCAGUGGCGCUAUCUUGGCUCACUGCAAGCUCCGCCUCCCGGGUUCACGCCAUUCUCCUGCCUCAGCCUCCUGAGUAACUGGGACUACAGGCGCCCGCCACUGCGCUCGGCCAAUUAUUUUUUGUAUUUUUAGUAGAGACGGGGUUUCACCGUGUUAGCCAGGAUGGUCUCGAUCUCCUGACCUCGUGAUCCGCCCGCCUCGGCCUCCCAAAGUGUUGGGAUUACAGGCGUGAGCCACCGCGCCCGGUCUUUUUUUUUUUUUUUGAGAUGAAGUCUCGUUCUGUCGCCCAGGCUGGAGUGCAGUGGCGCGAUCUCAGCUCACUUCAAGCUCCGCCUCCCGGGUUCAUGCCAGUCUCCUGCCUCAGCCUCCCGAGUAGCUGGGACUACAGGCGCCCACCACAACGCCUGGCUAAUUUUCUGUAUUUUUAGUAGAGAUGAGGUUUCACUGUGUUAGCCAGAAUGGUCUCGAUCUCCUGACCUCGUGAUCCACCCGCCUCGGCCUCCCAAAGUGCUGGGAUUACAGGCGUGAGCCACUGCGCCGGGCCAUGAGGUCUGUUUUCUUGCUGGCUGUUGUUGCAGCUCUUCUCAGAUUCUCAGCAUGACACCUGUCCUGUUGCAUUCCCUCUCAUGGACCUCUCUACCUUCAAAGCCUCUGGAACCCUUUUCCUACUUCAAGUUUCUCCACCUUCCUCUUCUCCCUUUAAGGAGCCUUAUGAUACCUUGGACCUACCAAAAUAAUCCAGAAUCAUAUCCUAUUUUAAGAUCAGCUAAUGAGUAACCUUAAUUAUGUCUGCAAAAACCCUUUCACCAUGUAGUGUAACUAUUCAUAGGUGAGAUAAUAAUAUUUACAGGUUCUGGGGAUUUGGGCACGGAAUCUUGGAGGGGGCCAUUUUCAGAAUUCUGUCCCCCAUACCAGAUUGACUUGCAAUGUCCCAGAAUCUCACAGGGUCUAGCUCAGGGGAGGCCCAGAGCAGGGUGAGGCAGUUGUCUGUUCCUGUCUGCGUUGUAGUAGAAGGUGCCAAGGCCGAGAUGCGGUCCUCUCCCCAAUCCCACCCACAGCGGGCGGGCCUGGAGCGUCUGCAGUAGUGGUAGCUUGCCUGCGCCUCCUGGCGGCCAGGGACCGAGACCUACUUCAGGUCUCACCCGUGUCACAGGAAUAAGGCCACUUCCCCGGUUCGCAGUGGGGUUUAAACUGGCCAGAACAGGUUGGGGACUUGGGCCGGGAACUGCCUUCCCAUUCUGCAUUACAGGGCGUCUGCGGAUUGAUCGCGCAGGUCCGCCACACCCCUGAUCUCCGGGGCGACGCCGGAAGAGUGCUGCUGUCCGGAGAGUCCUCGCGACGCGGCAGCCCUAGCCUCUUCGACUUUGGUUCCGACUAACAGGAGAGCCGGAGUGCGGACUGGCGGGAGCUGAUCGCCAUAAAAAUACCGGAAACGUGCUUCGGCCUAGGGUUUCCCCUGCGCCGCCGCGACCGCAGGCUUCCGUUCCGGCGGCGUAACGGCCCGGAAGUGCGGCCUUGUAGUCGGUGAGGAGGCGGCGGCCACGGCAGAUCCUGGUGCCUGAACAGGAGUCGGAGGUGGGGUCGAAUGGGCAUCCCCCUGCCGCAGGGCGGGCGAGGAGGCUGGGACGUGCCAGGGGAGGGGCACCUGCGCUCCGCUAGAAGCGCACGCUGCGAACGCGAGGGGGCGCUGCAUGACCGGGAUGGCGGCUGCAGAGGCUGUGCACCACAUACACCUGCAGAACUUCUCACGAUCUCUGCUUGAGACCCUCAAUGGGCAGAGGCUGGGGGGGCACUUCUGUGAUGUGACUGUGCGCAUUCGUGAAGCUUCGCUGCGUGCCCACCGCUGCGUGCUGGCGGCCGGCUCGCCCUUCUUUCAAGACAAGCUGCUGCUGGGCCACUCUGAGAUCCGUGUACCUCCGGUGGUGCCCGCACAAACGGUGCGACAGCUGGUCGAGUUCCUGUACAGCGGUUCGCUCGUUGUGGCGCAGGGUGAAGCUCUGCAGGUGCUCACGGCCGCGUCGGUGCUUCGCAUACAGACAGUUAUCGACGAAUGCACGCAGAUUAUCGCCCGCGCUCGAGCCCCGGGCACCUCUGCGCCAGCCCCUCUGCCCACCCCUGUGCCCCCGCCACUCGCACCUGCGCAGCUGCGUCACCGCCUGCGCCACCUGCUGGCUGCACGUCCCCCGGGGCACCCCGGUGCUGCACACAGCCGUAAGCAGCGCCAGCCCGCGCGUUUGCAGCUGCCUGCGCCCCCAACACCUGCCAAGGCUGAGGGGCCUGAUGCUGACCCCUCACUGUCCGCAGCCCCUGACGACCGAGGUGACGAGGAUGACGAGGAAAGUGACGAUGAGACCGAUGGUGAGGACGGCGAAGGUGGCGGCCCAGGCGAGGGCCAGGCACCUCCUUCCUUCCCAGACUGUGCUGCCGGCUUCCUCACUGCUGCUGCUGACAGCGCGUGCGAGGAGCCCCCUGCACCCACUGGCCUCGCUGACUACAGUGGUGCUGGGAGGGAUUUUCUUCGGGGAGCUGGGGCAGCUGAGGACGUAUUUCCAGACAGCUAUGUAUCCACUUGGCAUGACGAGGAUGGCGCUGUCCCCGAAGGCUGUCCCACUGAGACCCCUGUCCAGCCUGAUGGCAUACUGUCUGGACCCCGCCCGCCUGGUGUGAAGACCACAGGGCCGCCCGUUGCACUCUUCCCCUUUCACUUGGGUGCCCCUGGGCCACCCGCACCACCCCCUUCAGCACCAUCGGGGCCAGCCCCUGCGCCCCCACCCGCCUUCUACCCCACACUCCAGCCCGAGGCAGCCCCCAGUACCCAGCUGGGGGAGGCCCCAGCUCCCUCUGCUGCUCCCACCACGGCCCCCUCAGGCACCCCUGCUCGCACCCCAGGUGCUGAGCCACCUACCUAUGAGUGCAGCCACUGUCGCAAGACGUUCAGCUCCCGGAAAAACUACACCAAGCACAUGUUCAUCCACUCGGGGGAGAAGCCGCACCAGUGCGCCGUGUGCUGGCGAUCCUUCUCUCUACGCGACUACCUGCUCAAACACAUGGUCACGCACACCGGCGUGCGCGCCUUCCAGUGCGCCGUCUGCGCCAAGCGCUUCACGCAGAAGAGCUCGCUCAACGUGCACAUGCGCACUCACCGGCCCGAGCGCGCGCCCUGCCCCGCCUGCGGCAAGGUCUUCUCGCACCGCGCGCUGCUGGAGCGCCACCUGGCCGCGCACCCUGCGCCCUGAUGGGACUGGGCCGUGGCCACGCCCGCUGCGGGACCCGUGGUUCCCGCCACUAGACCACGCUCCCUCCUGAGCGCAGGUCCCCUCUCUCCCUUCACCCUUUCUCCAUACCAGGGCCUAAGUCCGCCUUACUCCUCUCCUCCAUGUACUGGAACCCUCCAGGUGGUGCCGGGCUGGGGCUGGUUAGACCACUUCUGAGAACUAGACCAUUUCCUGCGUAAACCGGGCGCUCAGGCGCUUGGACCCGGCCCAAGAUUUGACUCCGGUUCUCACCCCGCCCUCUCCUGGGGUGGGGGUGGGGGCUGGGGGGCCGCUCGCCUGCCCCAGGGUCAGGCUGGGCAAGGUCCCUAGCUCCCUACCCAAGCUAUUAUUGCCUCAUGGGGCGCCUAAGGAGACUCAAGUGGACCCAUCAUAUACGGGGGCUGGGCCUCGGGACUCUCUAAUAAAGGACUGUAGGCCAUGGGGCCUAAACCACGAA